CCGUUGGAAGCGGUCUAUCCAUUUGUACUCGUUUUCCUCUUUCUGAAUGAGGCCUUCAAGGGAGAAAGCCAACUUGUUGCCACCAGGUUUGGUUUCCAAUCUUCAGGAUGUCCUUUCCAACAGAAAGGGUAAGGAUCCUGACUCUAGCAACAAUGAAGAUGGUUCCAACGAACUCAUAUCGGUUUCAAAUGAUGAUGAUACAAGGCCUGUGGUUAUGGUUACAAAUGCUGAUGAAGUCGAAUUCCCUGGUCUCACCUAUCUUGUUCAUGCACUCGUUACUCAAGAACUCUACAAUAUUCACGUCUGCGCUCCUCAACCAUGGGUUUUCUUUCAUGCUUCUCUCUCGAUCUCGCUGUUACUUAUACGUGUUUCCUUAAACAGAUUACAUGUUUUUAUUCUUGAUGAAGAGACGAAUUUGGGAUUUCUCGAAUAUGGAUGCAUCACAUAGAAAAAAAUGUAUAGGAUUUUUUAUUGCUUUUGCUGUCAAAUGGUAAUUGAUCUCAUGUCUUCCUAAGUUAAAUAAAUCAGCCCCAAAAUCAAGUGCACCACUUAGCCUUCUUAUAGCAUGGGUGACGAUAAUACUAAUACAAAUUUCAGAAAAUGUAUGCAUAAAAUACCUAGUUUUACCGAGAGACCACAUGUUCACGUGCCCCGUAAUUUAUCAUAUAAAUUUACCCUUGUUGAUUAAUUAUGUCAAGCGUGCACCCCUAUGCUGAUUCGGUUUCACAUUUUGUUUUGGAGCCUAAACAGAGUAUAAUGGGCAUGAGAGGUUUCAAUUGUUAAUCUCAACAAGUUUUGG